UUAGCAUAAUUUAUUAGUAAUUGUAUAUUGUUUGCCAUUAACUCAGUAAAAAUGCGUGCUUUCGUGUUAAUUAUUAUGGGACUUGCUGCUGUGUCAGCUGCCCCUAAAAAUAACAGAAUUGUGGGUGGGGAAGUCACCGACAUUAGCCUGUAUCCGGAGAUGGUCGCAGUGCUGUUCUCCCAGACUAGCGUCAACCACAGGGUGUGGUGUGGCGGCAGCAUCCUCAACAACCGUGCGAUCCUCACCGCAGCUCAUUGCACCUACAAUCGUGCCAAUUCGAACUUCAUCAGUCGUGUAGGAUCUACUCAUGUACACUUCAACGGCACUCUUCUCGUCACCCAGCAGAUUAUCAAUCACCCCAAUUACAAUGAGUACGGCUUCGACUAUGACAUCUCCAUCAUCCGCACCACCACCGAAAUCCCCUUCGGCGCCAACGUGCAGCCGGGCAAGUUUUCUGGUACCAAUUACCAUCUUGCUGACAACCAAGAAGUUUGGGCUACGGGAUGGGGUGCCAUUUCGAUGAGUGGAUCUCAUUCGGAGGAAUUACGCCACGUCCAAAUUUGGUCAAUCAACCAGGCGAUUUGUCGGCAACGGUAUUCAGCGUUGCCCAACGGUAUGAGUUGGGAUAUCACCGACAACAUGCUAUGCUCCGGCUGGCUGGACGUGGGCGGUCGCGACCAGUGCCAGGGCGACUCCGGUGGCCCGCUGUUCCACAACGGAGUGGUCGUCGGCGUCUGCUCCUUUGGUUAUGGCUGUGCUCUGCCAGGGUUCCCUGGCGUCAACGCCCGUGUGUCUUCUUUCAUUAACUGGAUAUCGUCAAACGCGUAAAUUGAUUUUGUUUAACGUUGCGGAUCACACUCAUUUAAAAUAAUAUAAUAAUUAUGUUUAUAUUAAACGACU